AUGCCCAUGAACUGCGAUCCCUCAUGUGGCUGCCGCUGUGGCCGAAAUGUGGAACAGGGCAAGUGGCAUGGCGUCCACUCCUACUUACAGCUUUUCUGUGAGGACUGCGCCAGAGCUUCUCCGGAUGAGGACCCUGAGCCAGCAGCCCCUCCAGCCUGCACUGCGUGGAACUCUGUCCUCUGGGAGGUAACCCUCUCUGCUGGGACCCUGCUGCUGCUGCGCGCCGCCGCCUUGGCCACCGGCUUCGUCCUGCCCCCCAAGCUGGAAGGCGUCGGCACAGAAGACUUCGUGGUGCUGGACAGGCAAGCGGUGGAGUACAACCACGCCCUGGGGGUCUGCCAAGCGGUGGGGAUGGUUCUGUGUGCCGUCGCCGGGGCCCUGCUGGUCACCUGUGCCCAGUCUUUUGCUCUGGCCAGAGUGAAGAGAGGCAGGAAGGAGGAGCCGUGGUCCCCCUUGCUGCAGGAGAAUCCCCCCCCCGGGAAAGGGAGCCCCGCGGGUGCAGCCGCUCCACUGCCCUCCAGAGCCUCCUGA